AUGCCUGCACCUCUUGCUAAAGGCAUUAUCGUGACGGUAUCCGUCCUGGUCGCUGCUGGCAUCGCUGUCUAUCAGUCACCACAGUUCCAAGAAUGGAUGAACAACUCCCGCCGAAAGGUCGCCGUCGCUCUGCAUAAAAUGGGUGAUGAAAUCCACCCGCGCGGCUCCGCUUCCCCGGAAGAUAUAUCCAUGAGAGAGGAAGUCGGAGAGGCAGCUCAAGAACGCAGACGGAUAGCUCGUGCAGAGAUCGAUCGGCGAGCUUCUUACUUAGAAUCACUACGGAACGGACGGGAUACGAGCCAACCUCUCAACAGCUUCGACACGCUCGUAGACAACGAGGGAAAUCUACGUAUGUCCCAGAACAAUGAGAACCAGCGAAACAUCGAUUUAGUUGCCAUUUCGACUAGUGUCGAUAUGGGCGCACCUCAACCUGUUCGUCGUGGAGCUAAGCCCGAUUGGGUUGAUUCCAUGGAGGGCAACCGACUACAGCUUGAAAUACCUUCAGUGGCAACACCUAACCGUUCUUCCGAUCCGACUGCAGAGUUUACACCUAAAACCGAGGUUACGAGUGGCGAUCCAUUUUUCGAUCCAUUUUCCGACUCUCCAAUCAGAGAGCAGACACCCGUGUCUGCAUCGAGCCAUACAUUAGACAACGAAUCUUCCUAUGAAUAUCCUCACUCGGCGUCAAAUUCUAGUCAGCACCCCGAUCUUCUCGACGACUUAGACGAAUUCAGCCACGGUAAUCAGUUCCAACACGAAGUCUCAUCUGCAGCAUCCACUGGAGGUUUCAGUCAUAUCUAUGACUUUAAUGAUACAUCAUCUGAUGGAACAAUGAGUGACUUAGGUGCACAUUCAGAUGGGGGUAUCGCUACUCCAGCCUGGUCUGAAGUCGGAAGUGUGAUUAGUGAUAAUGAUGCUGGACAUCAUCAGCUGUAA